UUGACAGGUGUGGAGCUCCCAGUCCUGGAUUUGAUGCCGUCCUUCGGCCAGUAGACUUCUGGCGGUCACACGCUGCACGUUUUUUUUCUUGCUUUUUUUAAUCCGCCAGCACAAUGUGGUUGUUGAUGAGCUCGGGACCACCUUAAAGAGCACCUUCCUCUGAUCCACAUGACAGGUGGAUCAUAUAGAUCUAUCGCAUGUGCGGAGAGGGAAGUUUACCUCCACCGACCCGAGGCUAGAGGCGGAUAAUACCACGGCAGUUUAUACGUCAUGAUGCUCUGAGGCCACUGCAUGAGGCCGCCUGGGCGAACAUGAUGGAGGAGGCUGCCAGCCAGCUUGAAAGAGAUCAUGUACACAAUGUCUACGACAAGAUUGCUCCAUAUUUCAACGACAGCCGCUAUAAAGCCUGGCCGAAGGUACGGCAGUUCCUCCUGGAACUGCAGCCUGGGAGCAUCGUUGCUGACAUUGGUUGUGGUAAUGGUAAGUAUCUCCACAUCAACAAGGACGUGUUCAAGCUGGGGUGUGACGUUUGUCGCCCCCUGGUGGAUUUUGCCUGGAGCCAAGGACAUGAGGUCCAGAUGUGUGAUGGGCUGCAUUUGCCUUACAGAGACAGCUGCUUUGAUGCUGUGCUCUCUAUUGCAGUCAUUCAUCAUCUGUCCACCAAAGAGCGUCGUAUUCGAGCAAUAAAGGAGAUGGCUCGCACUCUGCGAGUGGGCGGACGCAUUAUGAUCUACGUGUGGGCCAUGGAGCAGAAACGUCGUAAAUUUGAGAAACAGGACAUCUUUGUUCCUUGGAACCCGAAUCCUCAAUUCCUUCCAGGCCUCAACAAACCGAGGAGGAGAACCACAGCACAGAGUGUGAGCGAAGCCAUAGACAACACUGAAAAGCACAGGAAGGUUAGAAGCACAUCCUCUGUGGCAGACGAAGAAGAUCUCGGUCGCACUACGCCACAGCAGAGGACACACAAACUGUGGUUCUUCUCCAGGUCUCUUGAUUCUGUGUUCGACUUCGGAAGCUUGGGGAUCUCCCGUUCAUCCUCCAGAGACAUGAGCACUUUAUCUUCACCCACAGGUGAAAAUGAGGGGAACAAGUUCAACCUGAGCGGGAGAGGACGAGGGCUUAUCAAGCAAGUCUCAAGUUUCUUUUCUCCUCCAUCUGUGAUUGGAUCAGAAGAGGAUGUCUUCGUCACAGAGCAGCACAAGGGACCGAAUAAUUCUGGAGGCAAUGGCACCACUAACAACAGCAGCCCAGUGUCUUUAGUCCAGGAGUGUGGCUCUCUGGCUCUACCAGAUCUAGUCUCCUUGCAGGGGGAGGACCUAAAGCAGUCUGAAGAUGAAAGAGAUGGAGGGCUGCUGGGAGAAGAGCUGCAGGAAAGCACACAGAGUCCUCAGGGGAGUGAAGGGCAGGUGGAAGACUCCUGCCUGAGGUACUACCAUGUCUUCAGGGAGGGAGAGCUGGCAGAGCUGAUAGAGAAUCAUGUCGAAGAGCUUCAUGUGAAACACACCUACUUUGAUCACGCCAAUUGGUGUGUGGUGGCAGAGAAAAUUCAGGUAUGGAAAAUAUGACCGGAACUUGUCAUAUUUGAGUUCACUUUGCAUCGCCUCUGCCUCAAGUUUUAGCACUGAAUUCCACAUGUGAGAAUAAUGACAUUCUUUUCAUUUAAAUGUGCAAAUGUAGCCAUUGUUGAAGGCCUAGGUAACACUAACAUUCUCCAGUGCUGUAAUUCUCUCGUGAACUAUUUAAAAAUUAGAUUUUUAUCCAUGUAUUUAUUUAUUUAUUUUAAUCUGGAACCAGCUAUAUGUCAGACCUUUUAGAAAGCAGCAAACAGAUAUUUUAUGGAAGUGUUCAACAGUGGCCAUUACUGUAUGUUGUACCAGAUUUUUUUUUUUUUUUAACUAUUUAUUCUUUUUCAAUAAAUCUACAGUGUGUCUUUUAGAGUCAGUGUUUUGUUAUUUAACCCUAGUGGGCUGCAUCACAGCUAUUGAUUUGUAUUUUAAAAGAACAUUUCUUCUCUUUGUGCUUUAAAUACCAGCAAAAGAGAAAUGUACAAAGCUACAGUAUACUCUUCCCUCUGCUGUUAUCUUUUAAUAUAUUGAUUUCAGUAGAGAAUUCUUUCUUUCUUUGUGUCUGCCCGUUUUAAAAUCGCAUGCUCCUUAUCUCUCAUUAAAAGGAGCCAAAUUUGCAGCUAGUAUCAGCUGUGGACUUCUUGGUAACGCUUCCUGUGAAACUGCUCGUGCGUACUUUUUCAUUGCACUCUCAUACAAGUUUAAAAUUGUGCAGAAUCUCUUCCAAAACAUUAGUGCCAUUUUCUUGUUGUUUUACUCUACAAGUGUUCCAGACAACAUGUCGCCAGUGGGCGUGUCUGUGUGUGCGCGCCUUUGAUGUUGAUAUUUGCAAUAGUGGCAUUGUGUCUUGUAACAAUUUGGUAUGUCUCAGCAAAUCAGAAAACUGCCUCAUGUACUGUGAAUAAACAUUGCACUCUAUCACAAGUAUAUCGCUGCUUGAUGUCAGUGAAUGACAUAAGAAUAGGUGAGACUUGAAAGACUGUUUAUAUCCAUUGUGGUGCAUUUCUUUAUCUGUAUAGUUUUUGUGGACCAACUAGGUUUGUCUUAAAAGUGGCAAAUGUCUUAUGUGAGCUGAUGUAAAUACUUUUUGUUUUUUUUUAUUAAAUUUGUUUUUGUUCAUGGGUGUUGUGUUGCUUUUACUCCCAUUAACAACAAAGAUCUGUUCAUGUACAUUUUAUUUCCAGAAUAUUUAAUUGUCACACAGGUACAAUUUGGUAAAUGGUAAGCUAAAAGUCUUUAUAGCCAACUUACGCAUACUAUACUAGAAUCAUCACCAACAUCCAAAUGAAAGCCUUUUUAUUUGACUUGUGAGGAUUUUUAAAUAAUUCUUUCACAUAUAGUUAUGUGAAAAAGAUUUCCAUAGGACUCUAUGCAGUCUAUACAGUAACUUAAUUAUUUUACUGUAUGACUGUAUUGGUCUCUCACAUUGUAGUGAAAUCCUGGCCCACUCUUCUUUCUAAUAUUGCUUCAGUUCCAUUAAUGUUUAAUGGCAUUUAUUUAUGCACAGCUCUUAAGAGCCACACCACACUAGCAUUUAAAUCUAGUCUGUGUCACUAUAAAACCUGAUCUUUUCCUUUUCAGACAUUUUAUUGUAGAUCAAGGUCGACUCAAUGACCACAAGGUGCCCACAUCCUGUGGAUACAAAACAAACCCAAAUCAUUACCCCUCCACCACCGUGCUUGACAGCUGAUAUGUGGUCUUUGCAUUGGCAUCCUGCUUUUGGUACCUAAACAUGGUGCUGUCCAUUAUGGACAGAUAUCUCUACUUUAGUCUCAUCUGUCCAGAGGACAUUGUUGCAAGUUUAUUUAGAUGCAGCUUUGCAAAUCAAUUUUUUUUUUCUAAUUGCAUUGGAAUGUAAA